AUGUCUCCUUCCAGGUUCUCCGUGCUGGCUCUGCUGCUGCUCUCGGCAUACUGCUGGGCUGAGGAGUCAGACCUUUCUGUGUCUGAAAUCAUUGAGAACGCCAACAAAAACAUUGUGCGUCGUGAAGGUGAGCCCAUGCUGAUCGAGGGAGACAUCGCCAUCGACAACGAGGCUGAGAGGAACGCUGACCCCUGCACCUCCAGAGGCUGCAAGUGGGGAAAGAACACUGAUGGAAAGGUUUACAUUCCCUACUACAUCGCCAACCACUUCUCUUCCAGGGAAAAGUCCAUCAUCACCCGUGGUCUGGAGUCUUUCUCCUCCUUCUCCUGCAUCCGCUUCAGACCUAGCAGAAGCUCUGACCGUGACUGGCUGAGCAUCGAGUCCAGAGACGGCUGCUGGUCGUACGUGGGUCGCCGUGGAGGAAAGCAGACUGUGUCUCUGAACCGUGGAGGAUGUCUGUACCACAACACUGUCCAGCAUGAACUGCUCCACGCUCUGGGCUUCAACCACGAGCAGACCCGCUCUGACAGGGACAACCACAUCAGGGUGCUGCUGGAGAACGUGGUGUCUGGAAUGGAGCACAACUUCAGGAAGAUCGCCACUCUGAACCAGGGCACUCCCUACGACUACGGCUCUGUCAUGCAGUACUUCAGAACUGCUUUCUCCAAGAACGGUAAGCCCACCAUGAUCCCCAUCCCCAAUGCCAACGUGAGCCUGGGCAAUGCCAGGGAGAUGAGCUCCAAUGACAAGAAGAGGCUCAACUCUCUGUACCAGUGCUGUGAGUGUCACCCACACAAUCAGAUGAAGGAUCGAGGUCUGGUGUAA